UAUGAUAUUUUUCUCCCGAUUGUCUCCCCCGCCGUAGGACACUCCUCGCGAUUUCACGUCGCGCCGUGCGGUCCAUCGAAAUCGAAAAUCGGGGCACAUUCCUCGACGGACGAGUGAGGGAUGCCCCUCGGCAUGGUGGUGUUUUUUUUUCGUUUCGCGCGAUUACGUUAUUAGUCGCCUCGAAACAGGUUCCUGCGGCCAAAGGCUGAGCUGUUGCUCAAUCGAGACGCCGAGGAUGAGCCCCCUGCUUUUACUAAUCCAGUAACGGUCGUGUUGCAAGCGGCGAAUUCACGUGAGACGAUGGCAAACUCGUCACGCUUCUCGAUGUGAAAGGAGGAGGAGGAACUCUUUAGACGAGAAUCGUAGAACGGACGGCUGGAGUGGAGCAAGACAAGGCUGGCAGGAAGGGCAUAGUGUGCGUGCCGGUAUAGCAUCGCGGAGGAGGGGAUGUCUCGCGCGUCCCACGAUAUACUGAAGUCCGCUUCUCUACGGCUACUAUUCAAGGCAGAGCAAGGCAGAGUCGCAGUCGGUGUCAGUUAUCGUGCGAAAGUGCCUCAGAGUCCUUCGGAUCAAAGUUGUUCGCGUUCCUCACUGAAUUCUUACUUAAUCCUGGACCGAGUCGAGAUGGGAGACUGGAGGACCAUUUUCGUAACCGGAGGCGCCGGUUACAUCGGCAGCCACUGCAUCGUCGAGCUCCUGGAGUGCGGUUACGACGUGGUGGCUAUAGAUAACUUUGCAAACAGCGUGACAGAAACCGACGGCGAGUCCGCGGCGCUCAAAAGGGUCGAGCAAAUAACGGGGAAAAAAGUCACGUUUUACAACUGCGAUCUGCUCGACAGAGAGAAGCUCGAGACCGUAUUUAACCAGCACAAAAUAGAUUGCGUGAUACAUUUCGCGGCUAUUAAAGCCGUUGGCGAAUCGAUGCAGGUUCCGCUGCAUUACUAUCGAAACAACAUAAUAGGAGCUAUUAAUCUGCUUGAGGUGAUGAAAGCGGCUGGCUGCUUUCAGCUUGUAUUCAGUAGCUCUUGCACGGUUUACGGCGAGCCUACAGAACUGCCUAUCACGGAGGAACACGAAACCGGCAAUAUCACCAAUGUGUAUGGCCGAACAAAGUACUUUAUCGAGGAGAUGCUCAAGGAUAUAUCCAGAGCUGAAAAGAGUUGGAACAUCGUAUCUCUAAGAUACUUUAAUCCGGUUGGUGCUCAUCGAUCGGGAUUGAUCGGAGAGGAUCCGACAAAACCAUUCACAAACCUGAUGCCGUAUAUCGCUCAGGUCGCUUUGAGGCACAAGCCGGAGUUGAUCAUAUUCGGUGGUGAUUAUCCUACGGAUGACGGCACAGGCGUCCGUGAUUACAUUCACGUUAUGGAUUUGGCUGCCGGUCACGUGGCGGCAUUAAAUGCUCUGCACAAACAACACCUCAGGCUAAAGAUUUAUAACUUGGGCACCGGCAAUGGCGUGACCGUGUUGCAAUUAAUAAAAACAUUCGAGAAAGCCUCUGGUACUACCGUGCCGUACGUUAUAAAAGAGAGAAGAGAGGGCGACAUUGUGUCCAUGUACGCUAACACGGAUUUGGCGAAAAAAGAAUUGGGCUGGACAGCGAAGUACACUGUGGAGCAAAUGUGUCAGGACUUCUGGAGGUGGCAAACGAUGAAUCCAUACGGAUACCGAACUUCAAUAAAGAACGGAACUACUGAACACCUGAACAAUACAUCGUAAAAAAUUGUAUCGAGGAAAUUAUGCAAAUAAUUUAUAAUAAAGAAUCGAUACGCGUUCUUAUAAUUUA